AUGGCGUCGACCGUUACGGGUAGCGCCAAAAGCAGUGGAAGCAAGGGGGAAGGGAAGAGGGAGACGAAGUGCGCGGAAAAGACCACAGGGGGCAGCACUGGAAGUAAGGUGAAGCGAGGACCCGGGAACAAGCCGAAUACUCAGAAGAAAGGGGAAAUAGAGGGGAAUGAUGGAAAGAGCGGUCUAGAAAGUUUCCUGAUAAGAGGCGAGAAGGAGGAACAAAAAAGGAAGCCGAGAAACAUACACGAGAUGAGUGUCAUUGUAACAACAUCGGAGGAAGAGGAUGGAAAUCUCGAGGAGAGGGAAACGGAUCGGGCCGGGGCAAGCGAGGAGGAAGGAAAGGAAGCGUCGAGGAGGAGCACAGAGGAGAAGAAGGGAGAUGGCAGUGGAAAUAAGGUAUUUUUAAAAGAGAUGGAGGAAGUCUUGAGAGCGACGGAGUUGAGAUUAAAGGGAAUAAUUGAAAAAGAAACCGAGGGAAUUAAGAAGGAAAUCGCGCCGCUGCCAUGCCGAUGCGAAGACAUGAGCAGGAUAGUACGAGAACUGUUGGCGGAGACGGAGCAGUGGAAGAUGCGUAUGUACCGAGACAAAGCAGUAUGGGAGGAGGAAAAAAAGGAACUAGAAGGGAGAAUGAAGGAAAUGGAUGAAAUAUUGGGGGAGUGGAAAGCAAAAGUGGAAGUGCUGAAGGAGGAGAACAGCGAACUGAAAAGACGAAGGGAAGCCAGAGAGUGUGAGGGGGCAUGCGGAUGGGACAAAUCGGUCGGCUCGGACAACAACAACAAUGAGGUUGGAGAGGAGGAAACGCGAGCAAGGACAAAUUGGAGUAGCGGAACAGGCUCAAGGGAACUGGAGCAGCUACAAAAUAGCGAGGAGAAAGAGGAGGAUGGGACAAGGGAAAAGGGGAAAACUGGAGGCAGCAGAUCGGAAAACGAAAGAGUCUGGGAGGAAAGAGAGGAAGCAGCGAACGAGGGAGGAAAAGGUGUAGACAGCGGAAAAAAACCGGAGGCUUUGUCGGAAAGGGAAUGGCAGUGGGAGAGACAGGAAAGAAUUGGGAGGAAAAGGAACAUAAGGUUCAGAGGCAUCUACUGCGGCGGCUCGGAUGCGAAAGUGGCAGAGGAAAUGUCCCAGCUGAUAAGAGCAAGAAUGGGAUUAGACCCCAAGAUAGUGAGAGUCCAACGGCUGGGAGGAGGACCUGUGGCGACGGUGCAAAACGUCGAAACAAAAAAAGAGAUUAUGAGAAGGAGAGCAGAACUGCGUGGGACAGGAAUCUCGGUGCACGACGACUUGACAGCGAGGGAAGCCGAGGUACAGGAGUGGAUGGAUCGAAAAGCGGAAGAAGAAAGAAGAGCGGGGAAAGUAGUGAGGAGUGGGUAUCUGAAGCUGUGUGUUAAUGGGGUGUGGUGGCAGUGGGUUGAGUUGGAAGGGGAAAUAGAGAAGAUGACAUUUCGGAGGGAGGAAAGGAGAGGUUAUUAA